AUGAAUGAAGCGACGAUGGCGCAAAACCCCUUCCUAACGCGAUACCUGCAAGCCACCGGGGUGCUGCUCCCUCAAGCUGUUGACGAGUACCUGGAGUUACAGAGACAGUGGAAGACACCCCGCUGCAGUCGCCCCUUGCACACAGACAGCUCCCAUAGCAGGAGUAAGCGCUCGGCCAGCUAUCCAGUGAGCAAGGAGCGCCUCGUGUCGCUACUGCCCAGUGUUUCAGAGCUGAGAAAAUUGUUUGAAAGCGGACAGAUUUACAACAUGAAUAGGAGAGAACGCCUGUCGCGCCGCGUGGAUGCCAUGGCUGACGAGGAGAACGUGAGGCCCAGGGUGUUCACCAGGCCGGUGCCGGAAGGGGAGGGCUCAACUCGACGUGCGGCAGCUUCCCCCACAUCCGCCUGUGUGGACCACACCAACGGAUUCGGUCAAAAGAGGGAGACUGAGAAGGGGCCGGAAACGAGGGAGGCGGCGCGUGAGCCGGAUGAUCGGAGCCAGCAAGUGGCGUCCACUCCCGGCGAUGCUGAGUCACGAGCGGAGCGGAUCGCGCGUUACAAGGCAGAGCGGCGCCGGCAGCUCGCUGAGAAGUACGGAGGAAGUGAAAGCGCGAGAACUCGUGGCCCCGACGCCGUUGAAACAGGGAGCGAACCACCUCGGGGAGCACGCUCACGUGCACGGGAAUCUCAUGUACGCAGGAGCUCGGAUGACAAUGAAGCAACUUUGGCAACGUCCACCGCAGGACUAUCCUCGAGAAGGGGACAGCACCUUCCAUCUCUUGAUAUCGAUAGCAAAGUUAAUGAUAGCGCAGCUGGAGAAAUAGCUCUUCAGGAAGAUGCGGUUCGCACAAAUAGACACGGACGGGUGAUUCCCCACGAUGCUGAUCCUGCGGGGGGGGAGAGUUUGCUGGAGAACUACACUUCCACGGCGAAGUAUUACUAUCGACGGAGCCCAGGAGGAGGAGAAAGGAGGGUGCCAGCUUCUCUUAUGACCAGUAAUCAAAGUGAGAUGGAACCAAAUUUGACUUUUGAGCAGAAGCCGAGUGAUGCGCGACAACCUGUAGCAAGGAGCCACAGCCUGGAGCCGAGCCAGAGCAGCCUGCGUCGUCCUUCUGCUCAGCUUGUCGGAGACACUGACCCCAAGGUCAACACAAGCCCCUCGGUGAACGCCCCCAUACUGGAUUCACCAAGCAGGUCUCAUUCUGAGCUCUCGGCCUCUCCUUGCCCUGACUUGCUCAGCGCGGAAAGACGACUCUUGAGAAGCCAUCACAGCCUCAGUGAUGGCUUCCAGGAGCAGAGCCGUCGGGAGCCGGAGGGUCCAUGGAGGCAGGAACGUGUGCGGCUGGAUGGCAGGGACUUCACUCCAAAGGAAGAGGCACACAAAUUGUUUCAUGGAAAAGUGAUCUCUGGAGAGACUCCUUCAAAAACAAACUUGAGGAUGAGAAACUUUGAGAACAGUUCCUGGUCUGGCAGAAGAAUGACGGAGAGUGAUUCUCUUCAAAGUAGAACAAGUGGAGGCCAAAUCAAGCAAAUUUGUUGCGAACCCUUUGAGAGGUGUGGGGCAAGUAGGAGGCAUGACACCCAACCACACUCCAAGCUGGCAGUCAUGCGUCAACAGUCUCAGCCGAUUGCAGAUCCUGCCUCAAACUACACGAGUUCUCACUCUACAAGGAUCACACCCAGGAGAGACCAGUGGCUGAGAAGAACCACAUCUCUCUCAAACGAUCUUCCCUCUUGCUCCGACGACGCGUCUGGAUUGUGGGCCAAUGAGGUGGAAUGGCCCAGAUUUCGGCCAGCAAGUGCUGAAGGGUCGCCAGCGUUUGUGAAAAUUGGUGUUGAACAGGAAGGGGAGGGAUGCACGAAGGGGGAAUGGGGGGACAGUUCUCCUCUGGAUACACGCAUCUCCGUGUCCAAGUUGCGCAGGCUGUUUGCGGCCGCGAACGCCCGCGUGACAGACAGCCCUAGUAGUGGCGGUAGCAACGUGGCUCGCUCGCCCCGCUCGCCCCGCGGAGCUGAGAGGAGGAGCUCGGAACGCUUCCGCACGCAGCCAAUCACAUCUGCCGAGCGGGAGGACAGUGCACGCAGCAGACCUUUCAUCGGACUGGAUGGGUCAGAAGGAGAAGAAGAUAAGGUGGAUGAUAAGGCAAAGAUGAGUGUCGCUGAAAAAAGGUCACUCUUCAGGGAGCUGGAGAGGACAUCUGUGGAGCUGGGUGCUUCACCCAGCGGCAAGCCACGUAGCCGCAACGCGGCCGUGGAGAGACGGCUGCGAAGAAAUCAGGAGCGUUCUCGCACCCAGCCCGUUGACUACAACCCCGUCAGCAGAAAUGAUGUUUCCACCAUGAUGGAGGGAGUAGAUGGAGAGGACGACACAUCCCGGCUGAGUUUGGUGCAGAAGAUGGCUCUCUUUAACCAGCCGUCCAAGCCGUUGCAGCCACAACUCUUCUCGCGGCAGGAACCCGAAGUGUCCAACCGUCGCACCAACCUCCGUUACCAGACACAGCCAAUCACAGCCAGAGAGGUGCAACAGGGCUUAUCGCAGCGGAAGCUGGAAGAAGCUGGUGGCCAUGACGAGAGGAGGCCUGGCGUGGCCGCCGCCACCGAUCACCAUGGGAGCCGUCGUCUAGGCGAGCACGACGGCUCACUCAGCCUGGGGAAGCCUCCUUUGGACAGUGUUGGUGCCGCCAGGACCCGGCCCCCACUCGGUCGACCAGUGCCCCUCGCCAGUGGUGAGUCAGAGGGUACUCCUGCUCUCUCCAUGGUAACGCGGAACACAUCGACAUCGCCAUGGCGACGAUCUCCAUCAUUAGGCAGCGGCGAAUGGACGCCUGGCAUGGAGAGGAGCGGGGAGCUCAGGUGCGCGAAGGGCGCGAGCCCACCGUCACGUGAGGGCGUGCGUGCCGACCGAGCCAGCAAUCAAGAGUUGAGCGGUGGGGAUGGAGGGGUUGGAGAGGAGGAGGAGAAGGAAGACAUAUCUCAGCUGAGCCUGGUGGAGAAGAUGGCCUUGUUUGACCGGCUAUCUCGACCACUGCCAGCGCAGCAGGCCUCCCCAUGCCAGGCCUCGGACACACGCAGCCGUCGUACUGGCUCCCGAUACCAGACUCAGCCAAUCACAGCAAGUGAAGUGCAGCAAAUCCAGGAUGGUGCAGCCUCAGGAUCAGUGAGUGAAGGUGGCCCUGGUCAAUGGACUGAAGCGGUUGAACAGAACUUCUCCCAGGGCUCCGUGCAGCUGGUCACACAAGAAUCCUCCAAGCUUGGCCGGCCUAGAAGUUUUUCUGCUGGACAGGAAGUUACCGAGGCUUCAUCCAACAACAAUUCUAGUUCGAAUGUAACCAGGACUGCUGGAGAAAGAGAGCUGCGUGGAGAUGAUAUGCCUGGAACUACUCUGUCAGUGUUCCAGAGCACAUUCAAGGAGAAAACUCAAAUGGAACAGGAAACAAUUAAAACAUUGCUAUCUGGAAAGCUGCAUCAUGAUCAUGGGAGAUUGGGAGAUACAAAGCAGUUGGAGACAGUGACAAUCGACAAUCCCAAGAGCUUUUCAGGCCAGCAUUUGACCAGAGACCAAUCAGAGAAAGCCACUACAAAACAGUCCACGGUUACACAAACAGAGAAUUCUGAGAGGAAAAUGAAGUCUGAAGUUGCUGCUCGGCACAAGGAGGAUGAGGCUGGGCAAGUGAAGCAGAGUGAAUAUAGUGUUGAGGCAACUGAAGAAUCUCUAGCCUCUGACAACCAACUGGGUGUGGACAGAGACGACAGGAGAGAUGGGCUGGAGCAUCGGGACAGGAGCCAAGGGGGUGGAGAGUGGAGGGGUGGGGAUGGAAGGAGUGAGGAUGGGAGGAGGCUGGGGAAUCGGGCCACGGACGCUGACAGCCCAACACAGGGCAGAGCUCUUCCAGGACAUGAUUUUUCUGACCAAACGUCUCAUACGAGGGAGACUGUUGGAGACACCUCUCCCAGUGGCAUGGCAACUGCACCAUGGCGACAGACCCGUCUACAGCAAGUAAUCAAUGACAAGCAACAACUUUCCAGCCAAUCGGAAUUGAUUUCAGGGAGCAAAACAAAUACACCAUCUGGAGGCAGCAAUGCCAUCGGGAACAAGAGUGAGCUACCUACAACACCGAACCUGAUGACCACAAUGUCCAUCAAAGACAGACUGAGCUCAUUGCAGAAGAGUGGUAACGAAGACUGGAAAAACCGCUCGAACAAGCGUUCGGGAGACAUGAAGAUCACAAGGACUGAGCUCUUCAAAAAGGCAGGGUAUCCCAGUGCUCCUGAGUCAGAUGCAGGGGCUGGCACCUCUCAGCUCUUGUACGCUAUCCACUACGACAAGGCACGUGCCUCCUAUGUCGUGUUGGAGGUUGAAUCUCAAGCUCACAAGGCUCAUCGGCCCUGGCGGCGGCAGAAACUGGGGCUGGAGGCUGAUUCAAAGAUGUCCAUCUCGGAGCGGAAAGCCCUGAUAAGCGAGAGUGAAAUGGCGUGGCAAGUGCGGGGUGCAGGUGCUGCCAACGACUCGGUGCAGUUCACGGUGGCUGGCCGCAUGGUUAAGAAAGGUCUGGUGUCAUCCUUGCCUGACCCCUUGACACCACGAUCUAAGGCGGCCGAGUCAGCCAUCAGCAAGCCUGAUACGGAAAUUAUUCCUUCGGAUUCAAUAGAAUCCGAUAAGAAACUGGACAAGCUGGAGUCAUUCCUGGAUAGGAUCAAUACCAAGUGUACAUUGGAGUCACGGACGGCAGUGGUGAGCGUCACCGAGGAGGUGGUGAAGGAGGUGCUGCAGCCCGACGACGAUGAGACUUUCCGCCGCUUUUACAGCAGCUCCACGUCCUCUGUGGCCGUGGAGAUUCGUGAGGAGGACUUGGAUGUUCUGUGCGACUCGGAGGCUCCCAGGCUGCUGUCAGCCAUGUCAGAGCACCGGCGAUCCGUGCGGCCUGCACGCAGGACGACCGCCUCGCGUAAUCCCAUCAAGGCUCUGGCGCAGAGAAACGACAUCAAGACCGAGUACACGGAGCAGCGGCUCAAUGUGGCCACGAUCGAGGCCAACCGCCUCCGCGCACAGAAACUGGCAAAGCACUCGAGGCUAGCGGACGCCGCGCUGGCCGGCCUGGCCAGCAAAGAAGACUUCAGCAGCGUGAACCUGCGCAGUGUGGCCACCGCCUCUCCCUCCUCCAACAAUAGUGCCCUGCCCUACAAGCCAGUCAUGCUACUGCAAGUCAAGGGCCGGAGACAUGUCCAGACCAGGCUUGUGGAGCCUCGAGCCAUUUCCCUCAACAGUGGAGACUGCUUCCUCCUGCUCACGCACCAGCAUUGCUACCUCUGGAUCGGGGAGUUUGCCAAUGUCAUUGAAAAAGCUAAGGCGAGUGACUUGGCAACGUACAUCCAAACCAAGCGAGACUUGGGCUGCCGAGCGAGCAGCAUCACCAUCAUUGAGGAGGGUAUUAACUGCAGCAGCAACCGUGCCCGCAGCUUCUGGGACCUGCUUGGCGGCCGCGUUUCUUAUAAAGGUACGGGCCCCCCUGAGGAGGACGAGCUGUACGAGAAUGACGUGGUGGCCACCAACUGUGCGUUCCGGCUGCAGGGGGAGCGGCUGGUGCCGGACGACGAGUGCUGGGGCAAGGUGCCGCGCUGCACCAUGCUCAAUCCCUGCGACGUGGUGGUGUUUGACUUUGGGAGUGAGGUGUACGUGUGGCACGGCAAGGAGGUGACGCUGGCCCAGCGCAAGGUGGCCUUCCAACUCGCAAAGCAGCUUUGGGUUGGCCCCUAUGAUUACAACACCUGCCGUAUCAAUCCACUUGGCAGUGACAUUCCACGGAUGGGGGAGGGGCGCCCUGAGUGGUCCAUUUUUGGACGCCUGACGCAGCACAAUGAGACGGUUCUUUUCAAGGAGAAGUUCUUGGACUGGGCAGAUGUAAUGAAGCCACCCAAGAAAAAUGGCGAUGAACUGAAGGAGGGUGAUUCUCAAAGCCCGCACAUUAGCAGCAUCACGACGACCAGCCCUACCUCCCCGAUGGCAACGAUAGAAAAUAUGGUUCAUGCCUCGCCUGAAGGUGGCGGCGUGGUUGUAGUGCAGCCGCAGGCGGGCGGCACGGUGCUUGAGGGGGUGGACGUAGGGCGUGGCCACGGCACGGUGAAAGGGGAGGACGCGCGAGCCUUCGAGCUGAGCACCGUGGCCGUGGAGGCCUGGCACGUGGCCGAGCAUGGGUACAGCUCUGUGGCGGCCACCAGCCGAGGGCAGCUUCACAUGGGGGAUGCCUACAUCGUCAAGUGGAAGUACAUGCUGUGCCCCGCGGUGAGCAAAAGGAAGAAGAGCGAGGCGGUGCGGAGUGUAACGGCGGGCCGCGAGCGCUGCGCGUACUUCUUCUGGCAGGGUCGCAACGCGGGCGUGAGUGACAAGGGGGCUUCGGCACUCAUGACCAUCGAGCUGGACACAGAGAAGGGGCCACAGGUGCCAGUUCAACAGGGAAAGGAGCCUCCCUGCUUCGUGCAGCUCUUUCAAGGCGGAAUGAUUGUCCACCGAGGACGGCGGGAGGAACUUGACAACAGCCAAGGCAUGACGCGGCUGUUCUGUGUGAGGGGCGAGUUGGUGGAGGAGGCUUUGCUUCUCGAGGUGGUGUGUGGGCCAGCCGCCCUACGCUCCCGGGCCUCCUUGCUCCUGUUGGAACCUCUCCGCCACGUUCUCACCGUGUGGCAUGGGUGCUGCUGUCCGCCCUCCAGCCGCCGUGUUGCACGACACACUGCCAAGCGUCUACGCGAUGUAUGCCCCCCAGAGAUGAACAUUCCUGGAACCACAACCUUGAGCCUAGAGGAGUGCGAGGAAGGUGCCGAGCCUUCUUCCUUCUGGAAUGCCCUCGGUGGUCAUGACCGGAUGGCUUACCAAAGCCUGCUACAAGACAAGGGGCGGGAGGGAGACUCACUGAAACUCUACCGCACAUCAAGCGCGUCGGGCGAGCUGGUGCUUGUGGAGUGUACCUCCAAUGUGAGCGUGCCUGGCGCACCAUCAGCCAUGCCCUUUCUGCAGGACGACCUCUAUGGAGUGGAGCAACCAGCGCUGUUUGUGCUGCAGACCUCUCGCGAGGCUUACGUGUGGCAGGGCUGGUGGCCGGUUGACCGAGAGAGCACGGGCUCUAGCAGGAUGCGCUGGGACACCGACCGACGGGCUGCAAUGGAGGCCGCUCUCCUCCUCCACAAAGAAUCCAGCGGAAAGGUGAAAGGGACGGCGGCCUACCUGGUUUAUGCCGGACUGGAGCCACCAUCCUUCACCAACCUCUUCCCAUGCUGGGAGUCGCACCCUGACGUAGCUGCAUCCAGCCAGCAGAACACAGAGGUUAGAGAGAAGUGCACCUUGCUGGAGGAUGCUUUGGCCCAGCUGAGCCAAACCACCUACUCGUUGGCGCAGCUCACAACGCGUCCGCUGCCGCCCGGCGUCGACCCCCUCAAGCUGGAGAGAUAUCUGUCUGAUGUAGAUUUCCAGUCGGUGCUCAACAUGUCAAGGGAAGAGUAUCACUCAAUACCACUGUGGAAGCAAGCCACUCUGAAGAAGGAGGUUGGGUUGUUUUAAACGAAUGUCAGGGAUGAGUGGUACAACUGUGAUAUUGUCUGAUAUGAUAAUCAUAUUUAAAUGUUCUUGCAUUAAGAGCUCAGAGAUAGAAGCAUCCGUGUAAUGGACAUCCCAGCUUUGCUUUGACUUGGGAAAUUGGCCCAUUUACAAGAUGUAAUUUGGCUAGAAGUUUUGAUUAUGCUGCUCAAAGAACACAAAAUGGGCAAUGUAAAAGGGAUUACUAAAACCCAGUUUUUAUUAUUAAGUACUAUAGACUUUUGAAUAUAAUUUUUCAUUUAUAUUUUUUUCUAAAUUGUAGUUCACUGAAAGUGAAAAUGUUCAGUUCAUGUCAUACUGAGGUUCAGUGUUGAACUUAACAGGUGAGAAUUGACUUUUUGCAUUUAGAAAAUGCCAAUUACUUUGCAGAGCUAUGUCCCUCUGGGCAUGCCACAUGGUGAGGUUGGACACGAGACCAUUUUCCUGAGGCAGUCCAUUUUCUGUGCAAUUAACUUUUGGAUUUUUUUUAUCACAAUGUGACAAUUUGAGAUGUUAUGUUUCCUCGAGCACAUAGAAUGCACAGCUAGUUUUAUCGUGCCCAUUACUGUUGGGAAAACCAUGACAUGGAAAGGGCCUACCGCUGUUUUGAUAUUACAAGCAAUUGUACGUGUUAUUUGUCAACAUUUUUUAAAAUACAUUGUUUUACAUAAUUACAUUUUUCAACACUAAAUGCUACUUGGAAUAACAGCCACUGCCACUGACUUGUCUAUUAUAAGCACUUUUGUUAAUCCUCAUAUGUCCUUGUUUACUGACUCAAUGUUUAAAAUCAGAGGAAAUGUACACUUUAAAUGGUGUAUAAAGGACUCAUUUAGUUUAACUAAUGAUGUUUGGCCACUGGUUACUGCUUUAAGAUUGAUCCGUGUAACCAUUUUAUUUUUUUCAUGUCAUUAUUUUAGGUUUAUAAUCCGUUAACCUAUUAUAAACCAUAUAAUAAAUGUUUGCCUGAAAUUUGAGACAUCUAUGGAUAAAAGAGGCUGAGUAAAGUGUGCCCAUCUCUAAAAUCGUUUAAAUACCAGCCAUUCGUGUUGCCUGUUGUACACAGUUUUUACAGCCAAAUAAAAUGGGCUUUAGAAUUUUCUAAAGAAAAAUAACGGCAGUGUUUUACAUUACUAAUUACAGUCAUGGUAAAAUGUUAAAAUGUACUGGAAAAUAUUUAAAAUUGGAAUAAUUUUGGAUUUUUAUUAAGCUUUAGUUUUUAUAAGAUAGCUGCGAAAAUGAUAUGUAAUGAGGAAAUAUAUCAUUGUGGGAGAGCGCAUACUUGUUGCAACAUGCGUGCUUCAACAAUACCUAAAGCAUUAGCUCCAGUUUUCUACAGCAUCAAAGUAUUAACAUAACAAUACAUGGCACUUUAAGAUGCCUUUAGAAGAUCUUAAACAAAAGCCUACCAAGUAGAACCUAUGCAAUGCUGUUUUUAUUGGACUGAACUAAGGCUUCUGACUUUACGAUUAUGUAGUGCCUUUCUUCAAUUGGCGCAAAUUUAGUAUACCCUCACCUCCUUUCGACUCAUGUUAUAUUUACUGUUUUAUUGUCAUACAAAUCUGUAAUGAUUUGAAUCUGUCCAUAUAAAUGUAAUGUGUUUUACUCUCUAGGUAUGUAUUUUAGAAUUAAGGCUAAAGCUUUGGCACGACUGCGUAACAAUGUAUUUUUGUUUAAAUACUUCCAGUGUGAAUAUCGCAAGUGGAAUUGCAACAUUGGUUUUUGUUUCAUUGAUACAACAAAGUUUAAUAAAUUGUUCUCAUCUUU